GGUUGAUGGGAAGGGACAGAGUGGUGAAAUGCACAUAGUGUUCACGUCCCCUUUCUUCCCCACGCGUGGAAACUCGGGUUGAGAAGAAAACUCGUGUGGAAGCGGAGGAUCGCGCGCUCACCGAUUCCUCUCUCGCCUCUUUGUGAUGUCACGGCUGGCCGCGCGGCUGUAAUUGCGCCGGUGGGUUGAUGGCGUCAUUCCGUGGCCCUGUGUAGCCUCCUGUGCUCGCUAGGAGAAGGAGCGAGGAUCUGAGGCCGACGCGCGGCGGCUCCGGCGCCCGGGAACGAGCAGCGCCAAGCCGGACACUUCACCCAGGAAACAUGGAGGCCGCGGCCGAGGAGCUGCGGGCCGGCUCCCGGAUUCCGGUCACCAUUGAACAGAUAGUGAAUGACACACUGGUGGUGACGCUCACUUACCGAGAUCGGAGCUACACCGGGAUUUUGCUCGAUUGCAACAAAAAGACUGGAUUGUUUUGCCUGCCAGAUGUCGUAGGAAAGUCAGAAGAGCCUCUCAUAUCCAGACAGGAAUCUGACAUGAUGAAUGAGGAUCCAUGCUCCAAGCCAGCCAUUCAGUCAGCCCAGCGACCAAAGGAUGAGAACACCGAGCCUGAAAAGCCGCCUGCCGUCCCCUUACCCAUCCCAGUACAGCCAGGCCAGCCUACCUACCCGCCCUACUUUGAGGGCGCUCCUUUUCCUCAGCCCAUGUGGGUACGUCACACAUACAGUCAAUGGGUUCCUCAACCUCCACCCCGACCAAUCAAAAGAAAGAAGAGACGGUCUCGAGAGCCUGGCCGCAUGACCAUGAGCACUAUUAGACUACGGCCUAGACAGGUGCUGUGUGAGAAGUGCAAGAACACAGUCACCAGCGACGAGGACAGUAAAGAUGGGUCAGCUGUGGCCAAGCCUUCCAGGAAGGAGAAUGCACCACAAGGGGAGGAGCAUGCCAAGGAGCAUGGCCCACCUAAAGGACUCAGGAAGGAAGACGGAGACGCCACGAGGGAAUCCAAGAGGCGAGAUGAGGCUCCAUGCUAUGAAAGCAAGCGUUGUCGAAAAGAGAGAAAGGAAGACGAGAAGUUCCCAGGAGGCGAUGUAGUGCCUCACAGCCCAGUGAUAAAGAUCUCCUAUAGCACUCCACAAGGGAAAGGAGAGGUCAUGAAAAUCCCAUCCAGAGUUCAUGGUUCUGUGAAGCCUUUCUGCCCCAAGCAGCUGAUGCAGAAUGGGCUUGGGGAGCAUGACAACAGCCGCGAGUCCAGAAAAGAGACACGUUCUGCUAUCGAGUCCAUUCGGACUGGCCUUACGGUGUCUAUCCCCAAACUCAAACUCCCAAAGCUGACUGAUCAGGACAUCCCAUCACCCAAAAUCCGUUUAAAGUCCCGUGGCGAUGGUGUGGAACGCGUGUCUGUGUACGAGGCAGAACUGGUAGGGGAAGCAAGACGCAGGAGUCCCAGGAUUCCUGGUUCAGGGCUGACUCGACCUGAGGACUCGGGGGACAAAAACGCCCUGGAAUUGUGGCCAGGUGAGGAAACUGAGCGGCACGGUGACCUCACACUCCUUAUCAACUUUGGCAAGCGCAAGGCAGACUCCUCCAGUCUUUCAGUGUGUAGCAGCGACAGCAUGGACGAGUCCAAAUCAUUCAGCUCGGAUGGGACAUCACCAGAGCUGUGCGAGCUGGCACCUGGCGAGCAUGUUCUUGGCGUAUCAUCCUCGGUGUCGACGACAUCAUCGGCUUCACGGGCUGAUGGUAGGACAGUGCCACCGCUGACUGUGAGGUUACAUACACGCAGCAUGAGCAAGUGCAUAACGGAGGAGGGCCAUGCUGUAACCGUUGGUGAUGUAGUGUGGGGAAAGAUACAUGGUUUUCCCUGGUGGCCAGCCAGAAUCCUGAGUAUUAAUGGCACUCGGCGAGAGGAGGAUGAGGCAGAUGCACCAUGGCCCGAAGCCAAAGUGGCCUGGUUCGGCUCGCCCACCACCUCGCAGCUUUCCGUGGCUAAACUUUCACCUUUCCGCGAGUUCUUCCGGCUGCGCUUCAACCGCAAGAAAAAGGGCAUGUACCGGCGCGCCAUCAUUGAGGCGGCUAAAGCAGUAGGCCACAUGAGUUCUGAGAUCACCUCUCUGCUGUCACACUGCGAGACAUAGGAGUGAAAGAGGGGAAGGCUGGACUCUGGCUGGAUUCAGGACCCCGUACUCCCCUCCUAUCAUUCCCAACCAGGAUGGAGUGCAUUUGCUACAGAUCUCAUGAGUUGAAGGUGCUUUUUUUUUUUUUUUUUUUUUUUUUUUUGUCGUCUCUCCCCUCUUCGCUCACUCCACCUGCCUGGAAGGAGAAAUCGGCCACCACGUAGAACAGUCGAGGGCUUGAGGAAGCAAGCAGGCAGGACCGUCUGGGAAACACAAGAGAAGAACUCUUCCUCUCCACCUGUUUUUCUACCCCAUCGAUUUGUUCAGGACUUCCGUUUUAGUAUAACAAGUAGCUCAACACUAAAUCUGAAUGUAUUUAUUGCCGGUGAAGCACAGGCGACUUUGCUACAUUCGCAUACGAUUGAUCCCACCCACUGCUGCUGUUUUCUGUCGGUGAAGAGCUCCUGCCUGUCAGCAGAGUUACUAUAGCUAACCAAUCCAUCAUGGAUCCCAUCAGCCAGCCUGCUCUAGUGACCUUCACCUCGUCCACUUCAGCAGGAAAAGACAAAAAUCCAUUUGAUGGUAAAUGACAUGGCUAACUCUAAGGCCACUUUCCUUUUUCUUUCAAAACUGAAAAUGUGAAAUGCUUUUGUAUCUUCUGCAUCUAGAGAUCAUUAUGUAGGUCUUAAAACAUGCAGUAUGUCGUCAUUGAUUAUAUAUUUUCACCGGAGGGCCGAAUUUCUUCAAAUGGCCUGUCCCCUUGAGGAAAUAUAACUUUUUUUUUUUCCCCGUUUUUAUUUUUUCCCCCCUUCAUUUAUUUUUCAUUUUUAUGUUUUGAUGCUCUUGGUCUGAGGGCGUUGGGAACGGUCAUGGCUCGUUUGAGAAUCACAGAGUUUCAUAUGUACUUGCUUUAAUUAUUUAAUGUGUCAUGUAAAGAAAAGCACUUUAUCUGUACCUUCAGUGGCCUGCUGGACACUCGUACAACGAACACUAAUUUAGAGUUUUACGGCUGUGAACGGCAGACAAGCUCUCAGCAGCCCUCUGAUUCCGACUAUCACACCCAGCGCCUGGAAAGUGACUUCUUUUCUAUCAGGUUUGGACACAGAUGAGAAAACGAGACGCUUUCAGGAACGAGUUGUGUACACUGUAUUAUUGCGGUUAGUCUGUUUGUCAACCUGCAUUUGUUUUCCUUCCCACCACCGUGUCCCUAUAAAUUAAAUUUUCCACUGGAGAAAGGGACAGAAGUGUAAACUCCUAUGCAUCACAUCUUUAUUAAAGCUUUAAAAAAAUAAUAAUAAACGUGCUGUUAUGGUACUAUGAAUUUCAUACCCGUGUGCUCGGAGCACCAAACAGAAUCAAUGCUUUUACACUGCAGGUUUGUCGACUUGUUUCUCCUUAAGGUGGAAAAGAGAGUCUUACUAGUCAACAAUUGACCUUUUAGGGACUUGAGAAUUUAAAGAGUCACUUCAGUGAGGGAGCAAGCAUGGAAACCAGGGAGGAAGAGAGGUGGGGGAAGGGAGCCAAACCCGAGCGGAGGUAUAUUUUAAGCUCACUGCGAAGCGCAAAGCGUCUCACCACUGCAUUUCAAUGGUAGGUUCUUGUACUUUUACAGAUUACUUUUUUUUUUUUUCCUCCUUCCUGAAAUGGUUUUUGAAGGACAGUUGUGGGAGUGCCAGUGCAAAGACACUCAACCACUGUCCUCAGAUCAGUGGAAUUUUUUACAUGGUGUACAUAAAAUAAAAUAUACAAACAAU